GGCCAGGGCGCCCGCGCGCAGGGGCGGGGGGGGCGCGGGCCGCCGGGACCAUGGGGGAGACCAAGAUCAUCUACCACCUGGACGGCCAGGAGACGCCGUACCUGGUGAAGCUGCCGCUGCCCGCCGAGCGCGUCACCCUGGCCGACUUCAAGGGCGUCCUGCAGCGGCCCACCUACAAGUUCUUCUUCAAGUCCAUGGACGACGACUUCGGGGUGGUGAAGGAAGAGAUCUCGGACGAUAACGCGCGGCUCCCGUGUUUCAAUGGCCGGGUGGUGUCCUGGCUGGUGUCGGCCGAGGGCUCGCACCCCGAGCCCAGCUCCUUCUGCCCCGACAAUCCCUCCGAGCUGCCGCCCCCCAUGGAGCGCACCGGUGGCAUCGGCGACUCCCGGCCCCCCUCCUUCCACCCUCACACCGGUGGGGGGAGCCAGGAGAACCUGGACAAUGACACGGAGACCGAUUCCCUGGUGUCCGCGCAGCAGGAACGGCCCCGGCGGAGGGAUGGGCCAGAGCACGUGGCCCGGAUGAACGGCACGGCCAAGGGGGAGCGGAGGAGAGACGCGGGCGGCUACGACAGCUCUUCCACCCUCAUGAGCAGCGAGCUGGAGACCACGAGCUUCUUCGACUCUGACGAGGACGAUUCCACCAGCAGGUUCAGCAGCUCCACGGAGCAGAGCAGCGCGUCCCGCCUCAUGAGGAGACACAAGCGGCGCCGGAGGAAACAGAAGGUGGCCCGGAUCGAGCGGUCGUCGUCCUUCAGCAGCAUCACCGACUCCACCAUGUCCCUCAACAUCAUCACCGUCACGCUCAACAUGGAGAAAUACAACUUCCUGGGCAUCUCCAUCGUGGGCCAGAGCAACGAGCGUGGCGACGGCGGCAUCUACAUCGGCUCCAUCAUGAAGGGGGGCGCCGUGGCCGCCGACGGGCGGAUCGAGCCGGGGGACAUGCUCCUGCAGGUAAACGACAUCAAUUUCGAGAACAUGAGUAACGAUGACGCCGUCCGAGUCCUCCGAGAAAUCGUGCACAAACCCGGGCCCAUCACCCUGACGGUGGCCAAGUGCUGGGACCCCAGCCCCCGAGGCUGCUUCACCCUGCCCAGGAGUGAGCCCAUCCGGCCCAUUGACCCCGCAGCCUGGGUGUCCCACACGGCAGCCAUGACGGGCACCUUCCCGGCCUACGGCAUGAGCCCCUCCCUCAGCACCAUCACCUCCACCAGUUCCUCCAUCGCCAGCUCCAUCCCCGACACCGAGCGCCUCGAUGACUUUCACCUGUCCAUCCACAGCGACAUGGCCACCAUAGUCAAAGCCAUGGCUUCCCCAGAGUCCGGGCUGGAGGUCCGAGACCGGAUGUGGCUCAAGAUCACCAUCCCCAACGCCUUCAUCGGUUCCGACGUAGUGGACUGGCUGUACCACAACGUGGAGGGCUUCACGGACCGGCGCGAGGCCCGGAAAUACGCCAGCAACCUGCUGAAAGCCGGCUUCAUCCGUCACACGGUCAACAAGAUCACCUUCUCCGAGCAGUGCUACUAUAUCUUCGGAGACCUCUGCGGCAACAUGGCUAACUUGUCCCUGCACGACCAGGACGGCUCCAGUGGAGCCUCGGACCAAGACACGCUGGCUCCCCUCCCGCACCCCGGGGCUGCCCCGUGGCCCAUGGCCUUCCCGUACCAGUACCCGCCCCCCCCACAUCCCUAUAAUCCCCACCCCGGCUUCCCGGAGCCAGGGUACAGCUACGCCGGCGGGGGCAGCGCGGGCAGCCAGCACAGUGAAGGCAGCCGGAGCAGUGGUUCCAACCGCAGCGGCAGCGACCGGCGGAAGGAGAAGGAUCCCAAGGCCGGGGACUCCAAGUCGGGGGGCAGCGGGAGCGAGUCGGACCACACGAGCCGCAGCAGCCUGAGGCGGGAGCGGGCCCCCAGCGAGCGCUCGGGCCCAGCCGCCAGCGAGCACAGCGUCCGCAGCCACCACUCGCUGGCCCACAGCCUCCGCAGCCACCACACGCACCAGUCCUACGGGCCCCCGGGGGUGCCCCCGCUCUAUGGCCCGCCCAUGCUGAUGAUGCCCCCUCCGCCCGCCGCCAUGGGCCCCCCGGGAGCCCCCCCGGGCCGAGACCUGGCCUCGGUGCCCCCAGAACUGACCGCCAGCAGACAGUCCUUCCGCAUGGCCAUGGGAAACCCCACCAAGAAUUUCGGGCUUUUUGACUUUCUCUGAGCGCCCGGCGUGGGGAGGCCCCGAUCCUGAGGAGACCAGGAGUUCCGCCCCUCCCGCAGCAGCCACAGUUGUGGCCCCCUCAGUGCUCCCCGAAGAUGUCCCGUCCUCCCUCCCCGAGACCCUUCCGUCCCCCCGCUUAGCCUCCUGCAGUCUGGCUGGCGCGCACGGGGGCCGUCCAGGAGACUCCUCUCCGGGACUCAGACGGCUUUUCCCGGGGACUGGGCCAGGGUGGUUCCCCUCCCUCACACUCUCCCUCCUCGAGUUCUGGGCCGUGGGGCCGGCCCUGCCCCUCCCCCCGCCUCUGAUGAACCCCCGGACAUCCCUGCUCCCCUCCAUCCCCCCUCCUGUUCCGGGGCAGCCGAUAAGGUCUCAGUCUCGCCCUGGGGCCCGUGGGCGGCUCCACUCGCCCUCCAGCCCCUCUGCCCAGAGCAGGGCCGCCCUGCUGCUAGAGCCGGCCUGGAGGUCUCUGGUACUUGCCCCUUUGGACCUCAUUCAGUAUGUGGGAAUCGGGUCGUUUCUCCAAUAAAUGCCCCCGGGCACCCAGC